AUGGAGGGGUGGCAGUUUCUGGGAUUGGUUAGUUAUGGCGGCGAGGUGAGGCGCCGGGGACAGUACGCGGCGCUGGCUAGUGAGGAGGAGACGCCCGCUGUGUACAGGCAUCCGAGUAGAGGGAACGGCGGCGCGAGCGCGGAGGAAUGGCGGCGGCAUCGGAGGGCGGAGCCAGGCUGGCGGCCGCUGCUCGAUCCGUUACUGGAGGAGGGAGACGAGGCCGCUCUCCUGGAGGCGUUUUCUAAUGUUGCCGCUGUGAAGAGGAAGAAGCCUCGGAGAUCCGUCUCCUUGGCGGCCGCAAUGGCACAGGCGUACUCCUGGAUCAGAGGGUGAUCAUCUCUUCUCGCUCUCUAUUUCCCUCUCUAUCUGUCUCUCAAUAAGAGGAGGAAUCAUUUUUUUUUAGGGAUCUGGACGAUAACCUCUGCUCCCUUUUCUUCCCAACUAACGCAGGGAAUUCGUUGGUGAAUCGGCCUUCCCGACUUCCGUUCCAUGGACCAUGACAUUCUGA